UGAGCCAAACCGGUUAGGGCAAUUUAAUACUUUUUAAGAAAAGAAAAUUGCAGCUGGUGGGAAGCUCGGCCCUAAAGAAGAUUCUGGGAUGUGUAGUCCAGAUGCCUCCUGUAAUGAGAGCACUUCCCCUCUUGGAAAGAGCAGACAUUUUCCUUAGGGAGGUUUAAUAAAGUGUUAUGCAUGUAUGGAGGCAUUUGGGUUAACCGAGGGCGAGCUUAUGAACCCAGCUUCUUUCAGGGAAUUUGAAUCAGGCCGCCCUAGCGCCCCCGGGGACGGGGCAGCACCUCCGGUUCCCCGAGCGAUGCUGGGAAAUGUAGUCCGUGAGCUCCGCGAAGUCGGAGGCACUUCCGCUGCAGAAGGCCGAGCUCGCGGCCUCGGUUUCUCCGGGAGGAGCAACCAAGAGGCAAGAUCUAGAAAACUGGCUCUGAUGUGAGAUCUGGAUUCAGGGCCCGCCGGCCUCUUGACCUCACUGCGCCUCAGCUUCCUUAUCUGUGACAUGAGAACAGCGGUCGUCGUCACUGACUGAGAACUUCCUACAGUGCCAGCUGAGAAUAGGCACAGAGGGGUCCGCGAUUGGAGCCAGGGCACACGACUGGUGCAGCAGUAGGUUCUUCACAGCCCUUCCCGAGAAGGAGGAGGACAAAAUGGCCAAGUUCAAGGAGGCGGUGACGUUCCAGGACGUGGCUGUGGUCUUCACGGAGGAGGAGCUGGCGCUGCUGGACCCGUCCCAGAGGAAGCUGUACCGGGACGUGAUGCUGGAGAACUUCCGGAACCUGGUCUCAGUGGGAGACAAGAGUCUACGUAACAUGGAGGUUAUUCAAGAAAUUGGAUUAAGGGACCUGGCCCAUGAAGAGUUUUUCUACUCACAAAUCUGGCAACAGGUUACCAAGGGUUUAACCAGAUGUCAAGAUUCCACAGUAAACAUUCAAGGAACUGGCUCUCUGUUGGAAAAACAAGGUGAUGCGCUCUAUAAAUAUGAGGAAUUCGGUAAGGGCUUUAAUCAGAGUUCGCAUCUUCAGGUUCACCACAGAGUCCAUAAUGGAGAAAAACGCCACAAAGGAGAGAUGUGCGAGAAAGGUGUUAUUCAGGACUCUUGUCCUCAAAUUAAUAAGAUGGCCCAUGCAGGAGAGAAGCCCUGUAAAUGUGAGAAAUGUGAAAAUGCCUUCCACCGGGUUUCAAGUCUUCAAGCCCAUCAGAGGGUCCACAGUAGAGGGAAACCGUACACAUAUGAUACAUCAUGUAAGAAUUUUAGUCAGAGGUCAUAUCUUCCUCAUCAUCAGAGAGUUCUUACAGGAGAAAAUCCACACAAAUUUGAGGAAUGUGGGAGAAAUGUUAAGCAAAGCUCACAUUGUCAAACUUCUCUGAUAACCCACACAUCAGAGAAACCCUAUAAAUGCGAGGAGUGUGGGGUGGGCUUCAGUCAGAGCGCACAUCUUCGAGCCCAUCAGAGAGUUCACAUGGGAGAGAAACCUUACCAAUGCGAAAAGUGUGGGAAGGGCUUCCGUUGGCAUUCACGACUGCAGGCUCACCAGCGAAUGCACACAGGUGAGAAGCCAUACAAAUGCGAUGCAUGUGGCAAGGGUUUUAAGCAUAGCUCACACCUUAACAUUCAUUGUAGAAUCCACACAGGAGAGAAACCCUAUAAAUGUGAGGAGUGUGGGAAAGGCUUCAGUGCAGGCUCACACCUUCAAGUCCAUCAGAGAGUCCACACUGGAGAGAAACCAUACAAAUGUGAGAGGUGUGGGAAGGGCUUCGGUCAGGCCUCAAAUCUUCUGGACCAUCAAAAAGGCCACACUGGUGAGAAACCCUAUCAAUGUGAUGCCUGUGGGAAAGGCUUCAGUCGGAGGUCAGAACUGAAGGCCCACUGUAGAAUCCACACAGGAGAGAAACCAUACAAAUGUGAGAUGUGUGGGAAGGGCUUCAGUCAGCCCUCAAAUCUUCUGUCCCAUCAAAGAGGCCACACUGGAGAAAAACCAUACAAAUGCGGUACAUGUGGGAAGGGCUUCAGUCGGAGUUCAGAACUGAAGGUUCACUGUAGAAUCCACACAGGAGAGAAACCCUAUAAAUGUGAGAAGUGUGGGAAGGCCUUCAGUCAGUCUUCAAGUCUUCAUGUGCAUCAUCAAAGAGUCCACACGGGAGAGAAACCGUAUCAGUGUGCCGAGUGUGGGAAGGGCUUCAGUGUAAGGUCACAGCUUCAUCUCCAUCAGAAGGUCCACACUGGAGAGAAACCAUAUAAAUGUGAGAGGUGUGGGAAGGUCUUUAGUAGGAGCUCAUACCUUCAAGCCCAUCAGAGAGUCCACACUGGAGAAAAGCCGUACAAAUGUGAGGAGUGUGGGAAGGUAUUCAGUUGGAGCUCAAGUCUUACAAAACAUCAGCGAGUUCAUGUUGGCGAUGAGGGUGAUAAAGACUUUCCCUCAUCAGAGAACUCAUACAGGAAAGAAGCUCGGUAAAAUUACAUGUUUUCAUACCUCAGAAUGGGUGCUAAAAUAGUCCAAUGAUCAGCCCUGUUACAGAAAGCAAACAUUCGUUUGAAAGAGUGAGUACUUCAGCCAGAGCUCAGCAUGUCACAGUGGUUGGGUGACCACAUCAGAGAAGCCUUGUGAGAGUGGAGACAUAAGGACUUUACGCAGAACCUUGACAGUUAGUAAAUAUUAAAAAGAAGAGAGGCUUAGGAUGGGUCUGAUCUGAAGUUAACAAAGAACACUAAGAUGAAAUGCUAGAAACUCCCCUAGCAUGGGUGGGGAACAUCCGCCUGUGGGCUGGAUAAGGCCCACAAAAUCUUUUGGUCUGGCCCUGUUUGACCAAAAAUAGCAGGCUAAUUUUUUUUUUAAAUAUAUUUUAUUGAUUUUUUUACAGAGAGGAAGGG